AUGGUUUUCGAGGAGGAAAUUGACAUUGCUGUACUGAGUGAACCGUACAAGUCAAAGGCAGAGGGAGUAUGGCAACAGAGUGCGGAUGGUGGUGCAGCCAUAUGGAGCUGCGGGCAGUCCCCCGGACACCUGUCACAGAGGGCGUCGAGACCUGGCUAUGCAAGGGCUAAGGUCCAAGCAACCACCAUCUACAGCUGCUACCUAGCCCCGAGCUUGCAUAUAGAUGCCUUUAGAGACAUCUUGCAGGAGAUCGCCCGAGACGCCCGCGGAAGAUCCCCAGUACUAAUCGCUGGGGACUUCAAUGCGUGGUCCACCGCCUGGGGGAGCUCGAAAACGACCCAGCGGGGAACCAUCCUUCUGCACGCCCUGGCCACACUAGACGUUUGUCUCCUGAACGAUGGAGCUAGAUGCACCUAUAGCAAGGCAGGCAGAGAGUCAAUCAUUGACCUGACUUUCGCCAGCCCGGAGCUCUGCCGGACCAGCCACUGGAAGGUCACGGAUCUGCUCACAUACAGCGACCACGCAGCCAUUAUCACCCAGACGACGCACAGCCAGCAGGGCCCGUCUCUCCGGCAAUCUGCGUACAAGGUACACACCCUUAACGCAGAUACACUCCUAAGCAGUAUGGAUGGCAACGUCAUCACUGGCGACGCCAACACCUGCGCCGACAUAUUAGCUGCGAGAAUCAAGGCUGCUUGUGAUGCCGCCAUGGCGAGCUCCACUAGAGGAAAUGGAAGGAGACCAGUCCCCUGGUGGAAUCAUGAAUCCGUCGCCAAGAGCGAGUGCCUCUCUGCAAGGCGAAGAUGUCAACGAAGUAGAGGGCGUCCCACGCAAGCGCUGUUCGAGACACGCUACAAGGAGAAGAAAAAAGCCCUCAAAAUCGCUAUUAAGACGAGUAAGAGCAGGUGCUUCCGAGAGCUGUGCGAUGCAGCAGACCAGGAACCCUUCGGCUCGGCCUACAAGCUGGUCAUGGGCAAGCUCUACAGACCGCCGACGCCAACCUCCCAGGAACAACUUGGAGCUAUAAUCUCCACGCUGUUCCCCUUCGCAGCCGCCCCUCGUGCUGCCAAACUUAGCUGCGAGUGA